CUGCUCCUCACCACCAGGAUGUGGCACUCUGUGGCUCUGCUCCUCUCUGGAUUCUCUGCUUUAAUCCACGUGUCCCUGCAGGGUCCCCACCAGAGGAACCUACUGAAGAACCUCCUGAAGGACUACAACCGCAUGGAGCGGCCGGUGGGCAACGACUCCCACCCUCUCACUGUCGUCUUCUCCCUCAGCAUGAUACAGAUCAUGGACGUGGAUGAGAAGAACCAGGUGCUCACCUCUAACAUGUGGCUCCGGAUGAGUUGGUUCGACCACUACCUCCAGUGGAACCAGAGUGAACAUCCAGGUGUUAAAAACCUGCGCUUCACGACAGACCAGGUGUGGACCCCAGACAUCCUGCUCUACAACAGUGCAGAUGACGACUUUGACUCCACCUUUAAGACAAAUGUUCUGGUGAACUCCAGCGGCUACGCGGAGUAUCUGCCUCCAGGAAUCUUUAUGAGCACAUGUAACGUGGACGUCCGCUGGUUCCCUUUUGACAUUCAGAAGUGUGAGCUGAAGUUCGGCUCUUGGACGUAUGACGGCUGGCUGCUGGAUCUCCAGAUGAAUGAUGCCGACAUCUCAGGCUACAUGCCCAAUGGAGAAUGGGACUUAAUCGGAGUUCCUGGCACCAAAAACGAGGUCUUCUAUGAUUGUUGUAAGGAGCCGUACCCGGAUGUGACGUUUGUUGUGACAAUACGGCGGCGGACGCUCUACUACGCCCUGAACCUGCUCAUCCCCUGCGUGCUGCUGUCUUCCAUGACGCUGCUCAUUUUUGUCCUGCCUGCUGACUCUGGGGAGAAGAUCUCACUGGGGAUCACCGUCUUGCUGUCUCUUACUGUCUUCAUGUUGCUGGUGGCAGAGAUCAUGCCAGCCACGUCUGACUCCGUCCCUCUUAUAGGUCAGUACUUUGCCAGUAUAAUGAUCAUCGUUGGGAUGUCAGUCAUCGCCACAGUGGUGGUUCUGCAGUAUCACCACCACGAUCCAAACGGAGGAAACAUGCCGAAAUGGGUGCAGCUCGUCUUGCUGCAGUGGGUAGCGUGGUUCCUGCGUAUGAAGCGGCCGGGAGAGAACGACGACCCCGAGCGGCCCCCGUGUGCCCCCCACUUGCGGCGCUGCUCCUCGGGCUCGCAGAGCGGGAGCAUCCCAAAUCCAACAGACCCCACCCUCCAUCCGCUGCACCCACAGAACCUGGCUCCUCUGCAAACGGGGCCCCUGCAUGCAGGACAUCCUCACCUCCACGCCCAGUCCAGCGCCAACAACAACGGGAACCUUCUUUACAUGGGUUUCCAGAGCAUGGAGGACCCUUCAAUGCUCUCAGAGCCUCUCCAGAGGAAUAACAUCUCCGUAGGGCCUCCACGGGUUGCAGGAAGCCCGCCUCCACACCUCCCGUCACAGUUCUGCAGCUCCCCGCCACCUCCUACCCCCAAUAUGGAUACUGUAGGCUGUCCCAGCACUGUCUCCAGUGGUGGGGGCUUUGGAGGUGGAACCGGAGGGCUCGGAGGGUGCUCCACUGCGGGGAUAGGAGACCCUCAGUUACAGGCCAUCUUGGAAGAGGUGCGUUACAUGGCGGACCGUUUCCGCGAGCAGGACGAGACGGAGAGCAUGGCCGACCAGUGGAAAUUUGCAGGCGCUGUAAUCGAUCGUCUGUGUUUGGUGGCGUUCAGCGUUUUCAACAUCAUAUGCACCAUCUCUAUUCUCAUGUCUGCUCCCAACUUUGUGGAAGCUAUUUCAAAGGAUUUUGUUUGAAAGCAAAGAAGGAAAAAAAAGAAGAGGAGGAGAAGCGUGAAGGAAGGGAUGAGGGGAAUUAAAUAUAGGAUGAAGGAUGGAGGCGGCCCGCAUCCAAGGAAACACAAUUUCCAGCGGACUGUAGGCUCUGUGAUUUGUGAUUGCAAGGAACUUGGAAAUAGAAAAAAACAAAUGGUUUUCUUUGCAAUACAUUCUGUUUUGUAACUGAAAUAUAAGAAGAAAACAGAUGAGGAAGGGACUACAGAGUGAACUCAAAAAUGAGAUUAGGACGAGCAGGGUGCUUUAUCAGAUCCUUGACAAGGUGAAAUGGAUUCUUGUGGUUAAUUCGAAGACUUUCCCCCCAAAAUUAGGGGAAGGAAAAAGACAGAAAGAAAAGAUUAUCAGUCCAAUGCAAGUAAGGAAGCUCUUAAAGCAGGGGAGAGAUUGAGAGAGUAAGAGGGGGAAAGGGACAGGCAGAUGGACAGAGAAAGAUAAAUAAGACAGACAUUUGGCUGUUUUAUUUUGUUGAGGAGGGAAGACAGUCCUUCACUCCCACAUUUUGAGGAUAGACUGCAUCAUUUAAAGUGAUGUGAGGAGGAGAGGGCGGGGAGAGGAGAAAAAGACUUUGACAGAGACAGAAAACAGAGCGGCCCUGAAGGAACGAGACUUCCUCUCUUGUGACAUUCGGCAGUCGGAGUAAGCAGUUUGAUGUUUGGAAAUGCAAAAGUGGACCGAAGAUCAGGAGGCAGAGAGGAACACAGGAGGAUCUCAUCUAUUAUUCAAUCAGAUCCGUCUAAUGACCGUCAAAUUGAAAGACCUUGGAUAAUCUUUAAGACUAAUAAGCUUUUAAAAGAUGAAGUCCCCUCUCUCGCUCGCAAACCACUUUAAAUUUCCCAGGGCCUUAUCUCUUUGAGACGAUAGCUAAUCUGCAACAAUCAGCAGAGAUCAAAAGCUCCUCUGCAGCGGCCACAGUGUGCAGUGCUUAUCACGACCGGGAAACUGAAUUAGCCGGUCAUCAACAACGCAAUGGCCAGUGGCUGCACCACAGCAGAGGCUCAAGCCAGUAAUAUCUCAUGAAGCAGUUACCUAACUGUAUCUGGCAGGUCCUAAUAGAUCAAUGAGAUAGACUCAUUGGAUUUCAUAUUUAGGUUUAAUUACUGAAACGACAGGUCAGGUCUUUAAAAGAACACGAGUGGCACAAGAAAGAGAUAAGAUAAUUCAAAAAUCCCCAAAUUUAUACGGAGAAGCAACAUCCCAUCACAUUUCUGUCAGAUCCCUUCAGGGGUUUAUAGCUUCACAAGUGAUCUCACAUCUAUCUAAAGUGAAAGAUGAGACUUUAAUGGAGCUGUAUUUUCAUUAAAUUGAUUGCAGUUGAUGAAGUCUUGAUUUAAAAGGUUUAAAUUCAAAGUACGACCUUCAGCCAGCAGGCAUCUGUGGAAAAUGGUUACCAAUAAACAAAAUAUGUCUUUAAUUAAUUUGGGUUUGAAGGGUAUUUGACUCUCAUGUGUCUCUGCUCGAGGUUUGAAUAUGUGCUGAAUGCAAGGUUACCCUGGCUUAGCCCGACUCAUGGACGUCUAUGGGAUCAAGAAGUACAAAUCUUAUUACGCAAUUUCUAAUUAAUAGAGAGAUCAGACUAUGUGAAACUUCCACUCUGCUUUUUUUUUUUUUUUACUGUAUUGCUGUGUCCAAAAUCAUUCCUCUUUUACUAUAUAAAGUUUCUAAUACCCAACACACAGUGAAAUGUCUGCGUCAUGUAACAGUUCUGCAAACAGUCACACUACUACAAAGUACGGUGGCCCUGAGAGCUCACAGCACUGCAACU